AUGAGAGUGCGAGGGUUCUCUGCUGUCAUAGUUGCCAUCACCCUUCUCUUAAUAUGGGGCUUCUUUGUCGACAAGAAGUUUUUUCAUGAGGAUAGAAAAUGCGAGGUGCACAAAAACGAAAUUCCAAGAUCAGACUGUGCUCUUCCAGACCUGUUUGAGUCUCACUCAGGUUGCUGUCCUCAUAAAAUCUGCCCUGUAGACCACUACCCCUUUUUUAUCCGCAGUGGGUUAGCCAACAUAGUAGGGCCAAAGAUCUGCUUAAACAACACAAUUAUAAUGGGGGGAUUGAUUAAUAAUAUUGGACGGGGUCUGAACAUUGUGGUGGUGAAGGGUGAAACUGGUGAAAUCUUGGCGCACAGGUACUUCAAUGUCUUCUCCGGGGGAUUGCUUGAGUUUCUAAAGUCGAUACAAAUAGGAAGUAUUGUUUUAGUGGCCUCAUAUGACGACCCUGCAGCAGUGUUGACGGAUGAGAUCAUAGAGAUUUUCGCCGGGUUGGGGAGCACCAUGAGCGGCUCGGUGAAGAAGAGGGACACCUGGGUGUUUGCUGGGUCUGCCGGAAUACUUGAGGAGAGUCAGUUUGAGAAGCUCACUGCUAAUGAUGAGAAGAGCAAUGUGUAUGGAGACUGGCCAGAGAUGGAGGAGGUGGGUGGCUGCUUUCCCAGAAAGAUCUGAGUGACACUAAAUGAGUGUGUUCGGCAGCAGCCAACCGGGGAUCGUUAAAAAACAGGGACCAUUUCAAACAUGGGACCUAAAAGCUUUGAAGUUUGGAAAUGUUGCAAAGUAUUCACAUAUGGAUGCCUGUGUGUGAUAGCCACAUACUGCCCACAGCCUGUCUUGUGGUCACAAUAGGUCACAUGAAAUGUUUACGAGGUUUCACAAAUAAACUGUUGUUAAAAAACA